AUGUCGGCAGAGGUCCUCACCACGCAGGAUUAUCCCGGUCAGGACAGCCAACAGACGGUAAACUUGUCGGUAUCUGGUAUGUCGACCACACCUACACCGCCGGCCAACGCGGUCGCAGCGGCCAAAGCUAGCCCAGCGAGAGGACGCCCGUCUACUGUCAGUGCCACUUCGCCUGGUGCGGGUGCAUCCUCCUCUUCGAAAAGCACGGCAACCCAGAAGGCCGACAAGGACAAGAAGCAUGCCAGAGAAGCGAGCGCCUCCUACGAGGACCACAAGUCCAAAGACAGAGAUCGAGAGACCCGGCUGCCAGCCUGCGAAGCCUGCAGGAGUCGCAAGGUCAAAUGCGAUGCUCUUCUUCCGGCCUGCACUCCCUGUCAAAAGUCCGGUCGGGAAUGCUUCGGCCGCGACAAGGUUACCAACGUCUCCCGCGGCUUGAUCUACGACUUGCAGCAAAAGGUCAAGGAUCUGGAGAGCAGACUUGCUCUUGCGUCUUCAGUAUCUGCUGCGAGCGGGCGGACUGCAGCAGAUGUGGAUGGGAAUUGUGAUCAUUCCGAUUCGAGUGACAGCCGCUCGUGCAGGCCAUCCACAAAACGUGCAAAGAGAGGUCGUCAAGGGGGGUCCAGUCUCGACGAUGCGACCCAAAGAGUAGACAGCGAUGCAGAGUUCUCGUCCUCCAGUGGCGUCUCUUCUUCUCCGGAUCCGAUAGGGCCUUCUCCUAACGCUUUCGUGCAGCAGACCAGCACCAUUCUCGAAAGCCUGUCGUCUGGUCUCACGGGUUCUACACAUCGCCACGAUCAGCGAAGUCUGCAAAGACCGACGACGCAAUCAUUGGACAGCGACGAGGCCACGGCUCUAGCUGCCCUGUCCCGACGUCACAGUGACCGUGCGAAGUCUCCGCAUCGCCUCAAGCGCAGGUCCUCGUCCAAUGCGUCGAGGUAUAGAGAAGAGGCGAACUCUCACCUUCCAGGCUCAUCAAGACUCAGAGAUGCAGCAGCACCAUAUUUGUUCAAGUCCAGGUCUCGACCUGGGCGGUCAGGCACCAUCUCGGGAUACGAACGGACCUUCUUCGAUCGCCUCAUCGCACGAUACCUCACCUACAUGAACUCAGCCCUCCCCAUCAUCAACGAGGUACGGAUGUGGGAGCUGGCGGCUCUUGUCUACCAAGACGAUGAUCGCUCACGACUAACAGCACUCUCAGAGGCAUCGCACGACCGCAUGCCACCCCCACCUUUGCCAGCAUCCCCAGUCACGGAUCGUGUCACCUUGUCCAAACACAGAUACGUGGUCCUCAUGUCUCUGGCUAUCGCUCUGGCAUCCCUGGGCCGCUCUCACAACUUCAGUCCCGAGCUUCGCCGUCUUGGGCAUCAAUAUUGGGCUGAGGCACAGGCACUCUUUCCUGUGUUCUUCCGGUUCGGCGAUCUCGACAAGCUACGCGCGACCAUACUGCAGCUACAGUAUGCGCUGCUGGUGCCAUCGGCAGGCAGUGUAUGGGAGUUGUCCGGUGCUGCCAUCCGUCUCGUCACCGAGCUCAACUUGCAUGUCGAUCGCGACUACGAUUCUGCAUCCAACGCGCCUUUCACGCGGGAGAGUGUUGAUCUUCGACGUCGUCUUUUCUGGACAACCUACUGUCUCGAUCGAAGCUUGUCAGUAGCACUCGCAAGGCCUCCCGGUCUCUCUGACGCUUGGAUCCAUGUUCAACUGCCGAGUCUGCUUUCCGAUACCGAAUUGCUUCGGUUGGAUCGCGAGUCGAGCGGACUAGCGGAUGACACCGUCGAGGCCGACCCUCACAAGGAAAUCUUCCGAUCCCACAUCCAUCUUCGCCGAGUGCAGUCCGAGAUCCUCUGUCGUCUUCACAGCGUCAAUCCGCGUGACUAUGCACUCGACCACGACGGCGUCAGCCUUUCACAGGGAGCACAGCCGUCGCUUGCGCUUGUCAUGGAAGUCGGUCCGCCUACACCCAAUCUCGAAUGGCAAUCGCGGAUGAUGGACAAGCUCGUCGACUGGAGAUCCGAGUUCGAUCAAAUCCGUCUUGCAUCUCCCAUUGCUGACCGGAAAGUCCUGGGCGAGGGCGUCAGCUCCACCGCUACACCCUUCAUCACGGGUGACUGGAUCGAGCUGAACCACAAUCUUACCGUCUCGCUACUCUUUCGACCGUCACCGAACAAUCCUCGACCCGACUCGCACGGACUUCAACAGGCAUUCACAGCAUCAGGACGUGCGAUGAAGAUGUACAAAAGUAUGCAUCGCAGCGCUAUGAUCAAUUUCCCAUGGCUCGCCACGCACCACCUCUUCAUCUCGGGUCUUACCCACCUCAAUGCAUUGGAGAAGCUCACUCGAACUGGCGUCUCGUGUCCAAGCCCGGUUGUCGAGGUGGUCUUCAACGUGCAAAGCUGCGCUUCUACGCUCGAAGCGCUCACGACAAGAGAUGACGGCUAUGGCACCAAGAUCCGAGACACCUUUGAUGCAGCUGCUUCAGCUGUGCUGCGGUCCGUCCUUGAGCCUGGCUCUGUCCGCCAGUCUUCUUCUUCCACGUCGAUCGACAUGUCGUCCGUGGAGGAUCUGAUGCGUGGAUCGCCAGCAGAUUCGCUCCGUUCUCAUCAGCCACAAAAUGGGCAGAUCGCCUCGCUCGUCGAUGUGAGUGGCAAUCCGAGACGCGCUUCGCAGCAUCGCGAAACCUUCUGGCAAGCCGCACAGCAACAGCAGCCAACGUGGCUCUCGGAUUCGACUUGGAGCUCGCUCAACGCACUGAAUGCUGCUCCUCCUCCCGGGUCCACCAUCUUUGUAGCUGCUCCACCGCGGCCUGUUCGAUUCAGUGCGCCGGGACGCAGUUUGACGCCCACGCUGAGCGAGCGAACCACACAGAACGCAGGAUCUCAGCAUGCACCAGCGACACCAACCAUGCCGACGUUCGCAAACGGUGCUACCUUCUCGCCGAGAAGCUUGGGUAUGCAAACGUCUUACACGGCGAACCUGGCGCCCGCUGCUUCGGCCAUGGCUUUCAGCAAUCUAGGUACGGGCAUUGGGAAUGCUUUCUCCGUCAACGCUACUGCCGACAUCGAUGGCAGCAUCAAGGCGCAGAACAGCGCUAUCUCCAGCAACGCAGCUGCGACGACCCAGGAUCCCUCUUCUUCUACCGACCGCAACGUCGCUUCAACGUUCGGCUUCCACAAUUGGCUUCUCCAACCAUACGAAGGCGGUGCCGACGGGUUGGGGCAAUUCAGCACGACGACGGCCAACAGCGCUUUUGGCCAGGCCGCAGCCAAUGCGAUGCUCUUCGCCAACCCUGCUUCUGCUUCACCCUCAGCAUACGCCGGUGUCGGUGUGGACCCCUUCCAAACCAUCUACGCAACAGAUCCGAUGAGCACACAGCAGACACCGAGCCGGCUGAACGGCACAACGAACUUCGUCGCUGCUCACGCGACAGAGAGACAGCCAGCAGCAGAAACGGACGCUUCGACGCUACUCGACUUUCUCUCGAUGCUUCCUGCCACCAGUCCUUCUUCUGGCGCCAGCGCUUCGAACGGCAAGUCCUCGUCGAUGCAGUCGAAAGCGUGA